AUGACCUUAGAAGCCGGAGCAUCCAUUUGCCGUCAUUAGAUAACCUGCUGGAAGUUGUCAAACAGGGUAAACAAAAGGACACCUCUACGGAGAGGACUCAUUCCUUUUGGGUUAUAUAGAGGGUCUGUCCUCCUUCCAUCCACCCUCAGAGUCUGAACUAUAAGUCGGCGAACAUGUCGUUUCAGCCCCAGCAGAUGGUAGCUCCUCUUAGCCAGCUCAUCAAUGCUCUUCACUCACUGAAGAGUUCAGCCACAGCCUCGGUCCAGAGCUUACACAAAGACUUCACUCCAGAGCAGAGUUCGUAUCUAAAAGAGCCUAGUGUUAGUUUGCGUGAGCUUGGUCUGUCAGACAUCAGGGAGAGUCAGCUGGAGGAGCUGGUCAGCAGAUUACUACCUACACUCGGACCAGAAGAGCCUCCUGCCGGUCCCUCAGCAUGGAGGACGAGUCAUGUUUCAGCAGACAACUUCUUUCACAACAAGCAUGGUUUCUCACACAGAAGGUUGGGGGUUUUCGGCUCACCUAUAUUUCGAAGACAAUACCACAGCCCUCUAAAAGAAGUUUGUGCAGAGCUACAGUUCAUGCCUGUAUGGAUACAGAGUCGAGGCUUCAAGACACUUAGAUCGAAAACUAGGAGAAUGGAACCCAGCCAUGAAGGUCCAGCAGAGUCCGAAACCUACACACCGGCUUUCAUGAAGGGUUUGCUGCAGAGAGAAAGAGCAGAGGCACAGUCACUGGAUCAAAUAAUGAAACAAAAAAACCUUCCAGAGACCCAGCAGGAGGCGUUUAAGACAGGAUUCACAGAGGGGUUCAUGAAAUCCCAGGCCUUUACUCAGAGAACACAAGACUCGCUGAGGAGAACCCGGUUGAUCCUGUUGGUCCUCUUGCUAAUCGGUAUUUAUGGUUUGUCGAGAACCCCAUUUCUCUCGGGUAAAGGCUCCUUUUCUGAUGCUGUGAGGUUCCGCACCACAUCUGGUCUAGACUCUGCAGUCGACCCAAUCCAGAUGAAGAAUGUGACAUUUGAGCACGUCAAAGGGGCAGAGGAGGCAAAGAAUGAACUACAAGACGUGGUGGAGUUUCUCAAAAACCCUCAGAAGUUCACGGUUCUGGGUGGAAAGCUCCCUAAAGGGAUCCUCCUUGUGGGCCCACCCGGCACAGGAAAGACUCUGUUAGCACGAGCCGUUGCUGGAGAGGCCGACGUGCCUUUCUACUAUGCCUCAGGCUCUGAGUUUGACGAGAUGUUUGUAGGUGUCGGUGCGAGCCGCAUCAGGAACCUGUUCAAAGAGGCAAAAGCCAAUGCCCCCUCUGUCAUCUUCAUUGAUGAACUGGACAGUGUUGGAGGGAAGAGGAUUGAAUCUCCUAUGCACCCGUAUUCCAGACAAACCAUCAACCAGCUGCUGGCUGAAAUGGAUGGAUUUAAACCAAAUGAAGGUGUUAUUGUCAUUGGAGCUACAAACUUUGCCGAGGCUUUGGAUAACGCUCUGGUUAGGCCGGGAAGGUUUGACAUGCAGGUGACAGUCCCUCGCCCAGAUGUAAAAGGACGCACUGAGAUUCUCAACUGGUACCUCUCCAAGAUUAAAGUGGACACCGCCGUAGAUGCAGAGAUUAUUGCCCGGGGCACCGUGGGCUUCUCUGGGGCAGAACUUGAGAACCUGGUGAACCAAGCGGCCCUGAAGGCAGCAGUGGACGGCAAAGAGAUGGUCACAAUGAAGGACCUGGAGUUCGCCAAGGACAAGAUCCUCAUGGGCCCUGAGAGGAAGAGUGUCGAAAUAGACAAGAAGAACAAGACCAUCACAGCCUAUCACGAGUCUGGUCAUGCCAUCGUCGCCUACUACACUAAAGACGCCAUGCCCAUCAACAAGGCAACCAUCAUGCCCAGGGGUCCCACUCUGGGCCACGUGUCCAUGCUUCCAGAGAACGACCGCUGGAGCGAGACCCGAGCUCAGCUGCUGGCUCAGAUGGAUGUGAGUAUGGGCGGACGAGUGGCGGAGGAGCUCAUCUUUGGAGAUGACAACGUCACCACUGGAGCCUCCAGUGAUUUUGACGGAGCAACUAAAAUAGCAAAAAUGAUGGUGACCAGAUUUGGGAUGAGUGACAAGCUCGGUGUUAUGACCUACGGUGACGUGUCCAAGCAGAGCCCUGAGACUCAGGCCGCCAUCGAGCAGGAGGUUCGGGCUUUACUGAAGGAUUCUUAUGACCGUGCUAAAAACAUCCUCAAGACCUACAGCAAAGAGCACAAGAUACUCGCCGAUGCCCUGCUAAGAUAUGAAACCCUGGACGCCAAAGAGAUCCAGAUGGUGCUGGAGGGCAAAUCCCUGGACCACUAGAUACCUCAGUACAUUUCAGACUCUAUCGUGUACAUAUAAAGCUGUGCAUUUGAGCACAGGCCUUUUGGAGGCCUUGUAUUUCACUUGUUUGAACCCCUCUUAUUUUUAAUUCAAAGAUGAAUUUAUGUUUCGCCCACAUUUUUAGAUCUUAUUUAGAUUUUUCUUUGCAUUUAUGGUAGAGAAGAGUUUAAGUUUAUUUUAAUGCGUUUCACAUCUGGAUAAGAAUAAACAUGUUCAUCAUACAGCAGACAUUUGCUUUAAAAUCAGGAUGUAAGGCAAACAGUUGACACCAAUGACAUAAAUAAUUUCACCUCUGUGUUUAAUUGCUCACAUUUUUAGUUUGUACAGACAAUUGAACACCACAGGACCUUAAAUACCUCAGUCUGAAUGUACCGUAUGGCUGUAGCAAGGUACAAGGAAUAACUGUGUUCACUGUUGAGACUUUGUUUGCUGUUUGUAGUGCAUCUGCCGUCUACUGUCUUGUUUCUUAUUUAUUUGAAGUGCCCAAAGGUGUGUCAUCAUUCUCUUGAAUUAGCCGUAGGCCCAACACGUCCUAUUCCACACUCACAUGCAUCUGACGACCGAGGGGAACUGUGUAUAUACUGUAAGUGUGCAAGGUUUGGCUUUGUGCUUCUCUUAGUUCUUGUAGACAAAGGCCUUCCUGAAGCUCAAAUAAAGGUUACUCUGACUUAAA